UAGUACAGCCGCCACUCUGCAGCAUGCUGCUCUUAGAGUGUCUCAGGACGCAGAGCUAGGCUCCUCCGGCUGAGAAGACCUCAGAUUCACUGGAUUUUUAUUUUAACUGAAAUAUCGUCCUUUUCCCUCAAGAUGACAAACAGUUCAUUCUUCUGUCCCAUUUACAGAGAUCUAGAGCCAUUUACAUAUUUCUUUUAUUUAGUUUUCCUUGUUGGAAUUAUUGGAAGUUGUUUUGCAACCUGGGCUUUUAUACAGAACACUACAAACCACAAGUGUGUAAGCAUCUACUUAAUCAAUCUUCUUACUGCUGAUUUCCUGCUCACGCUGGCUUUACCAGUGAAGAUUGUGGUUGACCUGGGUGUGGCACCCUGGAAGCUGAAGAUAUUCCACUGUCAAGUAACAGCCUGCCUUAUCUACAUCAAUAUGUACUUGUCGAUCAUCUUCUUGGCCUUCGUCAGCAUCGAUCGCUGUCUACAGUUGAUACGCAGCUGCAAGAUCUACCGAAUACAAGAACCUGGAUUUGCCAAAAUGAUAUCGACUGUGGUGUGGCUCAUGGUCCUUCUGAUAAUGGUGCCCAACAUGGUGAUCCCCAUCAAGGACAUCAAGGAAGAGGCAGAGGUGGGCUGCAUGGACUUUAAAAAGGAGUUUGGAAGAAACUGGCAUUUGCUGACAAAUUUCUUAUGUGUAGCAAUAUUUUUAAACUUCUCAGUCAUCAUUUUAAUAUCCAACUGCCUUGUAAUUCGACAACUCUAUAGAAACAAAGACAACGAAAGCUAUCCGAAUGUGAAAAGAGCCCUUAUAAACAUACUUUUAGUGACCACUGCCUACAUUAUUUGCUUUGUUCCUUACCACAUCGUUCGCAUCCCAUACACCCUCAGCCAGACAGAAUUCAUAACAGACUGCUCAGCCAGGAUUUCACUCUUCAAAGCCAAGGAGGCCACACUGCUCCUCGCUGUGUCCAACCUCUGCUUUGACCCUAUCCUAUACUACCAUCUCUCGAAAGCAUUCCGAUUAAAGGUGACGGAGACUUUUGCUUCACCAAAGGAGACUAAGGCUCAAAAAGGAAAGUCAAAAUGGGAAGACAACGCAUAAAUUAUGGGCCUUUUCAUGCUUUCAUUUCUUGGCGUACUAUACCAUAAAGUUACUUCAAGUUUUCAAAGAGAAAUAAAAAGAAUCUUGGCAACAAAACAUUACAGCUAGCCAGCCAAUGCGCUGGUCUCUGCAGAAACCCUUUUUCUCAAUGCAGGCAAGGGCUGUGCUCUUUGGGAGAUGGGGGAGCUGCAGUAGGGCUGGGCUCUGGGUAGUGCCAACCCUCAGCCCCUGCUCAUGGAGGUGGGGAGCUGCAGUAGGGUUGUGCUCUGGGUAGUGCCAACCCUCAGCUCCUGCUCAUGGAGGUGGGGAUCUGCAGUAGGGUUGUGCUCUGGGUAGUGCCAACCCUCAGCCCCUGCUCAUGGAGGUGGGGAUCUGCAGUAGGGUUACACUCUGGGUAGUGCCAACCCUCAGCUCCUGGUCAUGGAGGUGGGGAGCUGCAGUAGGGGUUGGGCUCUGGGUAGUGCCAACCCUCAGCUCCUGGUCAUGGAGGUGGGGAGCUGCAGUAGGGCUGGGCUCUGGGUAGUGCCAACCCUCAGCCCCUGCUCAUGGAGGUGGGGAUCUGCAGUAGGGCUGGGCUCUGGGUAGUGCCAACCCUCAGCUCCUGGUCAUGGAGGUGGGGAGCUGCAGUAGGGUUGGGCUCUGGGUAGUGCCAACCCUCAGCUCCUGGUCAUGGAGGUGGGGAGCUGCAGUAGGGUUGGGCUCUGGGUAGUGCCAACCCUCACCUCCCUGCUCAUGGUUGGCUCUCGGCUUCUAGCCAGCCAUGUUCUGCGGGUUUCUUAUGCACCUUAAUCCAAAUACUUGAAAAAGAAAACUAAAAAGUCUUAUUGAACCAAUGUCAAACUGCUAAUACCUUAAAAACAAAGAGAAUUAAGAAUGUAGACCCAGAGUUCUCACUUUAAUGCUUAGGAUUUCUUAGUGAAAAUAUGCAAAAGAGCCUCCAUGUAAGUUACCAGGAACCCUGUUGCAGUGUAACUCUAAUUGGCUUCAGGUUACUUUUUUUUCUUAAAAGCAACUUACAUGAAAUCACCUAUUUCUAAUCGAUCAUCACUUCAAAAGACAAUAAUCUUUCCAUUUAAAACUGCAAGUUUUCUAACAUGGUAACUAGCAAUUUUUAUUUUUAAAAAAGCUUGCAAAUGCAUGUAUGAUUUCUACUAUGUAUUAUUUCUAAUAUGUCAAAUAUAUUUA